AUGCAGAUCGACGGUGAACGACGGCCCUCUCAGAGGCUGCCGGUCAACCCCCGCCGCCACAAAGUAGCUCCCGAGCAGCGCAAACGUGUUGCCAAAGCAUGCAACAGCUGCAAUGUCCGCCGUAUCAAGUGCUCCGGCGAUAGGCCUUGCGCCUCGUGCGCCUCGGCCAAUCGCGAGUGUGUAUACCCUGCGCCUAUAGAAAAAGUGUCCGUCUCCAAAUCGGAACUCGACGACCUCAAAAAGAAGGUUGACCUUUACGAAAAGGCGUUGCAGGAUGCCCUUCCCGACCCCGCCCAACGACAGGAACUGCUGCAGCACGCUGCCGGCAGCCCUCCCUCGGCCAUCUCGCCAGUCACCAGCCCCUUCUCGACCAGCAAUCAAUUUGCUCCUAGCGUCUCCGGCCAGAGCACCAUUAUCAAAUCCGAGCCUAUAGAUGACGACCAGACGACCGGCCGACUCCUGCAUGACGCCGACGGAACCGCUCGUUUUCAUGGCGAGACCAGCGGCGCCACCUUCUUGGAUCACCUCAAGGAGCUCAUCGGUGCCGUACUGCCGCUUGCGCACCAUCAACAGCCCGCUCCCCACGAUGGAAGCGCCUUCUUAUCUACCCUGGGCAAAUGCCACACAGACGAUUCUCGACCACUCGACGAAAAGGACGUGAAUCCGCUCUUGCUCCCACCGCCAACUUCCAUGGUCUCAAUGCUUGCCGAAGUUAGAUACGUCCUGCAGGACGGCAACGACUCGUGGCCUAGCGGUGGUAUAUAUUGGUUUGGCGAUCUUAGCCAGCCGCCACAACCACCGGUGGCUCCUCCAAAUCAAGCGUCAUUCAAUCUCGACGCGUAUCGAUCUUUGGCUUUCCCGCAUGCUGUCUUUGCUGUCGCAGCCCACAGCACUGGUCCCUGGCCGCCAAUCAACGAGUCAGAGGACGUCAAAUUCAGCGACUCAUUCUUUGCGCGAGCCUCCUUGCUGUUGCGGAACCCACUCGACAUCGGACGCUGUUCUAUUCACGACGUUUCUGCAUUCGCUCUCAUGGCUUAUCAUCUUGUCGAGGUCUGCAAGCGGGACUCGGCCUACAUGCACAUCGCUGCUGCAUCCCAUCUAUGUAUUAUGCUUGGGGCGCACCGUGGCUGGGUAGAUGAGAGGGGCAAACGCAUUUUCUGGACUGUCUAUAUCUUGGAUAGAUGGCUUAGCUGCCUGAUGGGUCGACCGCCGGUCAUUGCCGACGACGCCAUUCGCAUCCCACUUCCGUCCGACGCCGCUGGCAUGCCUCCCGCAGCCGGUUUGCGCGCCCACGUCGAACUCUCACGCAUCUCCGGUUAUGUCGUUUGCAACACCUAUCGUAUAGCUCCCUGGGACUCUGUGAAUGGCUCCGGCGACUCUUCGCAGAGCCCUGGGAAAGUCAUGUGGAUGCUGGAGCAGUGGAAAAGCACCCUCCCCCUACGUCUGCAGCUAUCGCCCGACGGGUUGAGCAAUGAUCCAGCCUGCGUCAUGCUACAUAUGCGAUAUAACCAGCUCAUCAUUGUCGCAACGCGUCCACUGUUCUUCAUCGCGGUCAAAAAGUCGGUUGCGGAGCGCCUCAUGCCCCAAGGUAGCUCAAAGGAAUACAACAUACAGCUGGCCCACCUCAGAAUGUGCAUUGAGGCGGCGCGCAAUAACAUCAAGCUUGCCCGCCAAUUUAUGACGAUUAACCGCCACCCGAAACCGCUCCACGCCAUGCUGCACUAUUGUUUCAGCGCAUCCGUGUGUCUCAUUUUGGAGAGCCUUGUGUACCCGCAGCAAAGCGCCGCUCCCGAACAGACUGCUAGCCGCAGCGCGGACAUCCAAUUUGCGCUCGACAUUCUCCAUGGCUCUGAACGAUUGAAGAGUGACCCAAACGACAAAUCGUGUACCGAAACACUGCACGACCUGCAGAUGCUGGUAGCAAGACUGACGACGCCUAUUCAUGUCGAUCCGCAGAUUGGCAACCCCCACCUGCAGGCACUGGGGCUUACCAACAGCUUCCCGCAGCCGCCGCCGAUGCCGAUGCCGAUUGAAUCUGAGCCUGCCCUGUACAACGAGCUCGUCAACUGGAUGGACGACGACUGGUUCAUGUACGGCACAUAUAUGGACUAG